AUGGGAGAUUUUAUUGCGCUUCGGGUGCUAAAUUUACCUCAUAAUGCGUUGGAAGGUCAUAUACCACCAUCACUUGGAAGUUUAUCUAUAGUUGAAUCAUUUGACCUUUCAUUUAACGAGCUUUCGAGAGAGAUGCCACAACAACUUGCUUCUCUUACAUCUCUUGCAUUCUUAAAUCUCUCCUACAAUCAUCUUCAAGGAUACAUCCUUCAAGGAUCUCAAUUCGCAACAUUUGAGAAAUAUUCAUAUGGAGGAGGCAAUGACGGAUUACGUGGAUUCCCAGUUUUGAAAGGUUAUGGCAAUGAUCGUGUGUCAGAGACAAAUUAUACUGGAUCCACAGUAGAUGAUCAAGAAAGCAAUUCUGAAUUUUGGAGUGAUUUUUGGAAAGCUGCUCUUAUGGGCUAUGGAAGUGGACUAUGUAUUGGUUUAUCCAUAAUAUAUUUCAUGAUUUCAACUGGAAACCCAAAAUGGCUUGCAAGAAUCAUUAAAGAGUUGGAAUAUAAGAUUACGGUGAGACGGAGAAAGAAGCAGGAAAGUGAAAGGGAUUUACGAUCCAAUUUGCUUCAAGGCUCACUUCCUAUUCCACCAAGUACCACAGAGAUCUUCUUCAUAUCACAAAAUAAUCUGAGUAGGGAGAUCCCUUCAUCUAUUUGCAAUUUGACACCACUGCAAAUACUAAAUUUGGCUAGAAAUAAUUUGCGCGGAGAAAUUCAGCGAUGUUUGGGAAAUCUCACUGCCCUCGAGCUUUUGAAUAUGCGGCAUAACAAUCUUUUUGGGAAUCUUCCAACAACUUUCAUAAAUGAAAGUUCGCUAAGAAGCCUCAACUUGCUUGACAAUAAACUUGAGGAGAAAAUUCCCCGACCUUUGGCCAAUUGCAAAAAGUUGCAGGUUCUUGAUUUAGCAAAUAAAAAUCUGAUUGACACAUUCCCCAUGUGGUUGGGAACUCUUCCAAAGCUGCAAGUUUUAAGUUUGAGAUCGAAUAAGUUUCAUGGGCCCAUUCAACCUUCAGAGGAUGAAACUAUUUUUCCCGAGCUUCGGAUCAUAGACCUCUCUUACAAUGAAUUCUCGGGAAACUUUCCUAUGAGUCUGUUUCAACAUAUGAAGCCAUGA